CUCCGCGUGCCAGCUUGGGGCUCGCUGGUUCGCUCCCCGCGGCGCCAGGAGGAGGGGCGAGGGCCGGCAGCCCCCUCCCCCGCGCGCGGCGCCGGAGCCCAGCGGAGCCGGGGGGACCCGCCGCCGCCGGUCAUGUGGGCCGGACUGCUCCUCCGGGCCGCCUGCGUCGCGCUCCUCCUGCCGGGGGCCCCGGCCCGCGGCUACACCGGGAGGAAGCCGCCCGGGCAUUUCGCCGCCGAGAGACGCCGGCUGGGCCCCCACGUCUGCCUCUCGGGCUUCGGGAGUGGCUGCUGCCCUGGCUGGGCCCCAUCCAUGGGCAGUGGGCACUGCACCCUGCCCCUCUGCUCCUUUGGCUGCGGGAGUGGCAUCUGCAUUGCUCCCAACGUCUGCUCCUGCCAGGACGGAGAGCAAGGAGCCACCUGCCCAGAAGCCCACGGACCCUGUGGAGAGUACGGCUGUGACCUCACCUGUAACCAUGGCGGCUGUCAGGAGGUGGCCCGAGUGUGCCCUGUGGGCUUCUCCAUGACAGAGACGGCUGUCGGCAUCAGGUGUACAGACAUCGAUGAGUGCCUCAGCUCCUCUUGCGAGGGCCAGUGCGUGAACACAGAAGGCGGGUUUGUGUGCGAGUGUGGGCCGGGCAUGCAGCUGGCUGCCGACCGCCACAGCUGCCAAGACACUGACGAAUGCCUCGGGACCCCCUGUCAGCAGAGGUGCAAAAACACCAUAGGCAGCUACAGGUGUUCCUGUAGACCCGGCUUCCAUCUCCAUGGCAACCGGCACUCCUGUGUAGAUGUAAAUGAGUGUCGGAGGCCACUGGAGAGGCGAGUCUGUCACCACUCCUGCCAUAACACCGUGGGCAGCUUCCUGUGCGCAUGCCGACCUGGCUUCAGGCUCCGAGCUGACCGCGUGUCCUGUGAAGCCUACCCGAAAGCCGUGCUGGCCCCGUCCGCCAUCCUGCAGCCCCUGCAGCACCCGCCCAAGAUGCUACUGCGGCUCCCGGAGGCGGGUCGGCCUGCCCUCUCCCCCGGACACAGUCCUCCGUCCGGGGCCCCGGGGUUCCCCACUGGAGUCAGGACCACCAGCCUGCCAUCUCCCACCCCUGUACCAGCCACAUCCUUGCCCUCUGCCCCAACUCGGCUGCUGGCCACCCUGGUGGCUACCCCUGUGCCUAGUGCCUCCCUCUUGGGGACGCUUGGACCUCCCACACAACUACAGGAGGUGACACUGUCCUUGCCCAGAGGCCCAGCGGCCACACAGAUGGCACCAGGGUCCCCUGCCUGCUGGCACCUGGGAGCCAUGUAUGAAUCAGGGAGCCGCUGGACAGAGCCUGGGUGUUCCCAGUGCUGGUGCCAGAAUGGGGAGGUGACCUGUGAAAAAGUGACAUGUGAAGCUGCUUGUUCCCACCCGAUUCCCUCCGAAGACGGGGGGUGCUGCCCAUCGUGUACAGGCUGUUUUCACAGUGGCGGCAUCCGAGCCGAAGGGGAGGUGUUUUCCCCUCCCAGAGAGAACUGCACUGUCUGUGUCUGCCUGGCUGGAAAUGUGUCCUGCAUCUCCCCCGAGUGUCCUCCCGGCCCCUGUCAGACCUCCCUGAAGUCAGACUGCUGUACUUGCGUUCCAGCGAGAUGCUACUUCCACGGCCGGUGGUACGCAGACGGGGCUGUGUUCAGUGGGGGUGGUGACGAGUGUACCACCUGCGUCUGCCAGAAUGGGGAGGUGGAAUGUUCCUUCACACCCUGUCCAGAGCUGGACUGCCCCCGAGAGGAGUGGUGGCUGGGCCCUGGACAGUGCUGUUUCACCUGCCGGGAGCCCACACCCAUGACAGGCUGCUCUCUCGACGACAACGGGGUCGAGUUUCCGAUCGGACAGAUCUGGUCUCCCGGUGACCCCUGUGAGUUAUGCAUCUGCCAGGCAGACGGCUCAGUGAGCUGCAAGAGGACGGACUGCGUGGACUCUUGCCCUCACCCAAUUCGGAUCCCUGGACAGUGCUGUCCGGACUGUUCUGCAGGCUGUACCUACACGGGCAGAAUCUUCUACAACAACCAGACCUUCCCGUCCGUGCUGGACCCGUGUCUGAGCUGCAUCUGCCUGCUGGGCUCCGUGGCCUGCUCCCCCGUGGACUGCCCCAUCACCUGCACCUACCCUUUCCACCCCGACGGGGAGUGCUGCCCGGUGUGCAGAGACUGCAACUACGAGGGAAGGAAGGUGGUGAACGGCCAGGUGUUCACCUUGGACGAUGAGCCCUGUACCCAGUGCACGUGCCAGCUGGGAGAGGUGAGCUGUAAGAAGGUCCCCUGCCCUCCGGCCUGCUCUGACCCCUCUGGGCCCCCCGGGGACUGCUGUUCCUCUUGCUCAGAUGGCGCAGAGCGGAAGGCAGUGGACGUCGGCAAGGUGGCUCGGAGCCCUCGUGGAGAUGCUGAGGCCCCCGUGAACUGUAGUUCCUGUCCAGACCCCCCGGCAGCAUGGCCUCGGAAGCCUGUGCCCCAUGUCCUCCAGCGCCUCCUCAGAACGAACCUGUCUUACGUGCAGACUUUACCCGCGAGCCCCUCGGGAGCCCAGGCCUCACCCUCACCCCCUUUGGGGCCUGGGGGCACAUUCCCAGGGGAGCCCGGGGCCUCCCAGCGCUCAGCAGGGCCUCCGAUCCCCCCAGGAGCCUCCACUCUACCUCCAGCCUCUCCCGGAGCUCCUGGGCCUCCUGUUACUCCAGAGCCCUCAGCCUCAGCCUCUUGGGCCCAGACAGCCACCAGAAGGCCUUCUUCACCUGCCAUUGUCCUGACUGAAGCUUCAGCCCAUUCCAUGAUGGCCUCCGGCCCCUCAGAGACCCCCGCCACCCUCCUCAGGCCUCGCAGACUCUCUCCCACCACCUCCAGACUUGCUGCAGCCCUCGCAGCCUCGGCCAGCUCCAGCCCCCAGGGGCCUGCUGCGGGGACCUCAAAGGAGGAAGAGUCCACUGGGUAAGCAGGCCUCCAGGUCAGGGCCGUGCCUGGGAGAUGCCCGACAGAGAAAACAGCCAGCGGCCCUGGGUGCUGGCAGGGAGGCUCUGGGGCGAAUGAGGCCGGUGACGUCGGACCCUCACUUCUGCAGGGCUCCUGGAGGACUGGAAAGUCCCCAGGGCCCCAGGCAGCCUUGUCCCCAAGAAGCAUUUGGAAUGUGCUGUGAGAACAGGUAGUUGGCACUCUCCAUGGUCAGUAUCCUCCUUGGACACCACGGCCGGCCUGUCUUCUGAGGAAGGUCGGGGCUGCUGAGCUCCCCACUCUGGAGAAGAGUCGGAGAGGGCCCGGGAUUCCCCUGGGACUGUGCCACCAGCCUUCCUGCAUCCCUCCCUGAGGUUUCCUGAUUAAAGGCUGUCUCCGUCUCCUCCAGACUGCCCUGUUCGUUCACUUCUCGCCUUUGGAAAGGUGGGGAGACGUCACUCCAAGCCCACAGGUGGUAAGCUACCUUCCCACAUCAACCUUCCAGCUGGGGAGAAAAACCAGCACCAAACUGGGGGGGCGUCUUGUGGAAACACCUGCUGCCUUUGCCGCUGGGGGGCUCCUCCAGUGAAAAGGGGAAAGAUGACAGAGGAGGUUUUGCGGGUUGGGUUCCCUGGGUGGGAGCCUCAGCGAUGGACCGGGAGUGGGCAGUUCCCAAGGGGCCCUCUCAAGCAGUGAGGGAGAGGGCAGCAGUGAGGGAGAAGUCCCAGGUCUCGGCCAACCCCCUCUGAGGAGUUGUCCUGAGUUGUCCUGAGGCCUCUGUGCCCCCCCCCCGGGUUGACCAGUCAUUCUAACUGGGCUGUCCCAGGAAAGGGGGUGACCUUGGCAGGGGGGCUCCCUUCGGCCCAGGCAGUUCCCUAAGAGGGCCGAUGGCCGAGAACUAUUAGCCGACAACCUUCCCAGCAGCUGGGGGAAUAAAUCAUCAGUCCUGAAGGGGGAUCUAGGCGGUGGAGGCCAGUUCACAUGACAGAUGGAAAGAGGACAGUACUAUCGUUAAUGGGGGUGGGAUGGAGGCGGAAGACAGGGAGCUCUGCUGUCACCGGGUCACCAGCUUGCUAUUACUGAAAUCCGUUCAUUCUGCAAACCCCAGGGCACAGUCCCCACCCACAUUUUCGGGGCACCACACCCCCUUCCCCCCAGCUCCUCUCUGUCCUGCUGCUCAGCACACGUCCCAGGGUGAAGCAUUUGCAGUGGUGCUGGCUGCAAGGCCAUCUGGGGCAUCCAGCCAGACACCGGUGUGGCCGUGAGGUCCUAAUCCAGCGCCGUGGCAGGAAUAGUAGAUUUCUAGUUAGGAGCGUGGACACCCAAGGCUUGAGAGAUGCAAAGGACUUAGGGACCUUCUUGUCCAUUAAGACCUGAGGCAUGUGAUGGAGAGUGAGGUCUGGGAUGCCCUGGUCAGCUGUGACCCACCCAGGGACCUUCGGUCCAGCUCCCUCACUGGUGUAAUGUCCCACGGAGCUGUGACGAUGGCAUGCGUUAACGCCUUCGUACCUUGCAGUGGUUCGUGCUUGUGCCCUGGGGCAGCCGGCCAACUUCACGAUGCCCCCUGCGAUCUAAUUUCAGGAAGAACGUGUAGCACGCUGGCUGCCUCCACAUUGCCACUUCUGGAAUAAUCCAGCUGUCAACGUGGUAGUGGCUGAGAGUCAGUGCCAAUUUUCUCAUCACUAUUCAAUAAAGUGUGCAGUUUGAGUUUGAAUACCAGCUUCCCCUCCGUAGAGCUCAAGUAAAUUGUGUUUAGUUUGAAUGUUAGGGAGAAAAAAAAAAUGGG